AUGAUGCUAUUUCUCCUCAAAUUUUUGAUCUCCGUGAUCGCCCUGCUUGCCGCCUGUGUUCUUCUUCCCCAGGUCUCCCUUGGGCUACUCCGCAUUGCGCUCCGCGGCGUGGGCUGGGUGAUCCGAAAGAGAACACAGGCUCGCAGAGAGGCCAUCCUAGCUCGUGUCCGAUCGGAAGAGGAGGGCCUGCUCGCAAAUCAGCCAAAGAGAGCUUCUACCAGUGCGACAUCAGCGGAAGAUGAGGAUUGGGAGAAGGUCGACACCUCCAUUUCGGGUGACAGCUCCGGGCGAGUUAGUCAGAGCUCCCAGCAAUCGGGGAAAUUAGAAUGGGCUGGAAUCAUAGGCUUUUUUCAUCCUUUUUGCAAUGCCGGAGGGGGUGGAGAACGUGUCCUUUGGGAAGCUGUCAGAGCUACGCAAAAACGAUGGCCAAACGCCGUCUGUGCUAUUUACACUGGCGAUCUGGAAGUCACUAAAUCGGCUAUGCUGGAGAGGGUUCAAACCCGAUUCAACAUCCAGCUUCACGCCCCAACAGUUGAGCUACUAUAUUUGACAACUCGCAAGUAUGUCCAAAGCAGCAUGUAUCCGUACAUGACUCUUCUGGGUCAAUCUCUUGGCUCGCUGGUAGUAGGAUACGACGCCUUUACGCUCCUCGUGCCGGACAUUUUUGUCGACACCAUGGGCUAUGCUUUUGCCGUGGCAUUUUGCAAACUACUCUUUCCGACAGUACCAACAGGCGCAUAUGUGCACUACCCCACCAUUUCCACCGAUAUGCUCCAGUCCUUGGACGACAAAACCGGCCUUAAAGGUGUCAAUGCCGGUGCUGGAACGGGACUUAAAGGCACCCUGAAACGAAAAUACUGGCUCGCCUUUGCACGUCUCUAUGGCUGGGUCGGCAGCCACGUCGACGUCGUCAUGUGCAAUUCCUCGUGGACAUCGGCCCACGUCCAGACCAUCUGGGGACCGUCGCGACAUAACCCGUUACACUCAUCACAAACCAUCAAAUACAAGGACCCAGUCGUCGUCUUCCCCCCGACGGCCGUUUCAGACAUCCAGUCCACCAUCCCGGUCACCCGUGAGACCGAAAGGUCCCGCACCCCAAGACUCUUAUACAUUGCCCAAUUCCGUCCAGAGAAGAACCACCCUCAUGUCCUCCGCUCCUUCGCUCGCUUCCUUGAACGCUACAACAGUACUCAGUCCAGCGACUCAAACGCAACGGAAGAACCCCAGCUCAUCCUCAUCGGCAACGUCCGCCCCUCCAGCCCCGACGAAACCCACAUCUACAACCUCCGCCUUCUAGCCCACGAACUCCGCAUCCGCAACAACACCACCUUCGUCUGCGAUGCCUCCUGGCCCACUAUCCUCUCCCACCUUGCAUCCUCUUCAAUCGGCGUAAACGCCAUGUGGAACGAACACUUCGGUAUCUGUGUCGUCGAGUACCAAGCCGCAGGCUUAAUCGCCGUUGUUCAUGACUCCGGCGGUCCGCGCGAGGACAUCGUCGUUGAUCUUCCCGAAACCGAUACCGCCCCUGUCACAGCUAUAGGGGGGAGAGCAACCGGUUUCCGCGCCACGACUGAAGAAGAAUUCGCCGAUGCAUUCGAGAAGGCUCUCUCGCUUAGUUCCGAGGAGAAGGUUGCGAUGCGACUGAGGGCGCAAAGGUCCGCGCUGAGGUUUACGGAAGAGGAGUUUUCGCGGAAGUGGGUGGGUGAGAUUGGGAAGUUGGUUGGGAUGAUUCCUACUUGA